AUGGCGCAUACAUCCCCGUCUUUGGUCCAUCGAUUCAAUGAUGUUGCAGGAAGAUCUUCAAGACUGUCUUUGUCUACGUCUCCUGCGCAGCCACCAGCGGAAUUCCAGCUCCAACAACUGGAGCCACGACCGAUCUCCCUGCAGCGGUGCAGUAUUGAAAGCCCUCGAAGCUUCCAGCUUCCAUUCGCACCUGUCGCGACGCAAACCGGAGGUUCUCCAGAACCGGAACGAAAGGAAAGGGAGAAUCUAGAUGAUUCAUACCCUAGGCGCAAGCCGAAAAUUCUUUUCCACGGCCCUCCGCCCCCCAUAGCCGAAUCCGUGAUGGCCAUGGAGUCCACAUCGAACCCAUCGUCGUACAAACAUGCAUGGAAUCAGGAGGGAUCUGGGCUCAUGCGAAUCAUGGGGAGAUCAAUAAGCCAAGUCAUCUUCGACCGGCCGCAGCGUAGAAACAAGCCCUAUAAUCACAGAGCAGACUCUAUCUGGAGAAGUUUGCAGCGGCGUGAGCAGACGCUAGAACUUGAUAUUCAACAAUUGCUGGAUUUUCAAGCCGAGGGCUUGGUGGCUGGUAGUCAGCCUGAAGCUAAAGCUUCCAGCGAUAUCCAUGGCGCCUACAGUGAUACUGGAAGUAGUACCCCAACUGGAACGUUCUAUUCCACGGUAACGUCAAGAUCUCAGAUGCUGAAGAGCUUGUAUAUGCCACCCCAGUCAACCUCCAACGGAGAUCUGAUUCCCGUCCGGCAGCCCGCUGAAGGUCGGCCCCCGGGGCUGCGGGCUGCUAGAAGUGGCUUACGAAAAGCUAUGGAAUCAUUUGUUGAGUUGCGGCGCGAGGAAAGGAAGCAUAUCAUGAGGGCCAUGGAGGAACGGCGUGCAGCGCUCCAUCAACUCGAAAGUCUAUCCACAAGACGGUUUCACAUCCAGUCGGAGUUGGAAGCCUUUGACGUUGAUGGAGAAGAGCCAUUGGGACGAGAAUUGCGCGAGCUGAAGGCAAAAUAUGCCUCGGUGGAUAAGGACAUUAAAGCACUCGAAGACAAGCUCGUUGGCUUGCGAAACCAACGGCGGUGGCUCGAGGCCAAGAUGAAGGAUGUGGAAGGAAAACGAGAAGCGGGCUUGAGCGGCUACAGAGGAGCACUCAGAGUUGUUGAUUCAGAGGUCAGCCUGCUUGUGCGGCAACCACCCGUCUUACCUCUGGAUCAAGGGCUACACGAUCAAAGUUUUGACACCAUGAACGAAAGUCAGUCACGGGGUGGUGAGUUUCUGAGCCUGGUACCUGAACAUCGGACUCCGGACAUGGCCAAGUCUUGGUGGGAAGCCGAAAUGGCUACUUUAAAGAGAAGGAUCGAGCGGGUGGAUGCAGACCAAAAAGCACUGGAAGAAGGAAUUGCCGUCUGGAAUGGUAUUGUUGCGAUAAUUUCACGUUUUGAGAAUGAGUUCCGAGAUUUUAUGAGAGCUGAUCGCGCCUCACCACUGUCGGCUAUGUCUAUUAAGGGAAAGGAAAAUGUCACAGCGGAAGUCGAAGUCAUUCAAAAACAACUCACCGACAUGAGGAAUAUUCUCAUAGACUUGGAGCAUGCGAUGAACCUGGCUGAGUCGAAUGGGUGGAAUCUUCUCAUAUGUGCAAUUGGUGCCGAACUCGAAGCUUUCCGGGAAGCUCACCACUUGCUCAUGGCUAUCUUACCCCAGUCUACACAAGAGCGGGAACGCACAGAUGUGGUGCUCUCGAAUGAGAAACAGAAUGCCUGUUCGAUAGGCCGCCAAGCUUCCACAUCAGAUGGAAGUGAUAAUGACGUCCCUUUGGAUUUGCUUAUGUCUCACCUCAACAACACCCAUUGUCAUUCUCGGGGAGACGAGGUAUCUGUAGAGGAAAGUAGAGGCGACGAGACGAGGCGAGACAGAGCGCAAAGCCAAGAUAGCGAGAAUGAAGUUCCACUAGAAUUUUUGGCCGAGCAUGAAUGA